UUUAGUUUUUCUAGAAAUGACUUCUUUUUCUGUCCAAAAAAUUAUCUUUUAAUAAUUCCUGAAUACUAUAAAGCCUCUUUAGAUUACAUACCUUAUCCUGAGCGUACUUCAAUAGCUAUAUGUACUUAUAAUUCUUAAAUAUAUUUCUAUAGUAUUCCAAAAGACUUCUUAUAUGAUCCUUAAAUUAUUGUAGUUUCAGAUUUAGAUGAACCUUAUUGUCCUUUUCCUAAAAAUUCCCUAUUCUUAAACAUAUCCUAAGAUCGGGAAAAAAUUGAAUAUUUAAUCGAUAAACUUUUAUAAUAAAACAUGGACCUUUUUUCCCUUUAAAAAAACCUCAAAGCCGCCUCUAUACUAUCAUUAAUAUAAUCAAUUCACCCCACACUUGAGGAAAACCCAGCAAAAAUAAUCCUUUUUUUCUCCCAAUUACCCAAUCUCUGAAAUGGUAAGCUCAAAAGACGAGAUGAUGUUAAACUAAUGGGUACAGACUAAGAAAAAACCCUAUAUAUACCCUAAUGUGCCUCAUAUAAGGACCUUUCUUUACUUCUCCUUUAGAAAUCUAUCUCCAUAGACCUUUUUAUAUUCUCUUCAGAAUAUACUGACCUCUCCACAACUUCCCAACUAUCCACAAUCACCGGCGGAAACAUAAAUUUCUACCCAAAUUUCACCCCCGAAUUACAUUCAGAGAAACUUCACUACAAUCUCUUCAGAAAUAUAACAAAAAGCUACUCCAUAGACUGUAUUUUGACCCUUAGGACUUCACCAGGCUUGAUUCUAGAAGGAUUUUACACUGUAAUAGGUAAUAUAUAGACCCGAGAUGUAUAAAUAAGCUAUUUAGACCCUGAUUAUACACUAGGAAUAGCCUAUAAAUAGAAAGAUAAAAUAAUUCAAAAUUAAGCCUAUGUUUAAUUUGCUGUUUUAUAUUCUAGUUUAGAUGGAAAAAGACUCAUUAGAGUAUUUAAUUUGGCUUUAUAAGUAUAAAAUAAUAUACAAGGAAUUUUCAAAAACAUCGAUUUUGAUGCAACUUUCGGCCUUUUAAUCAGAAAAUAAUUGUCUUUGUUAAAUAUUUAGAAUACUAAUUAAAUAAAAGACACUUUAAUUGCCUAAACUGUAAAUAUUUUGUAUUCUUAUAGGAAUUAUUGUGUCCAAGGAAGCUCUUAAAGUCAACUAAUUCUCCCAGAAACACUUAGAAUGUUGCCUAUUAUAGUCCAGUCUUUAUUAAAAUAGGAAGCUUUUAGGUUUUACUAGUUAAUAUUAGAUGAUAAAAUAUGCUAAAAUACGCCCUAUUGGCUCAAUUAGUGGUUAUACUCUAAAGUAUAUGCAAUACAUAAUAUUAAAAAUGAAACAUUUAAUGAUUUAAACGUAUAGAUAGGUUCUAUAUUUGAAGAUGAUAAGGUUGUAAUGCCUAACAGUAUUCCUUCUACAAUAGAUAGAAUUAUUAGUAAUGGAGUUUACAUAAUUGAUAAUGGAGAAAGCUUAUAUAUUUGGAUAUAAAAAAAUGUUAAAAUGAUAUGUUAGAAGAUUUAUUUGAAAUAUAAAAAAAUGAAUAAUUAAAAGGAAUUUUUUAAUUACCGAGUUUUAUUGAAAAAAUAAUAUAAAUUAAAAAGUGAAUAAUAUAAUAAAUUAAUUAAGGUAAAGCAAAAUGGGAGCUUUUUAAAAUAUACAAGCAAUAAUUAAUAAAAAUUAGAUGAAUAAAAAGCUAAAAAUUUAAUGGUAGUAGAUAAAAAUAAGGAUUAAAAAAAUUACGUCGAUUUUCUAUUUAAAAUCCAAAACCUAAUUUAAAAAAAAAUAAACUUGAUAAUAUUAUAUUAUAUCCAUGUGAAUCAUUAUUUCUUUAUAUAUUAAAUAUAAUAAUUAUAAUUUUCAAUAAACUAAUUUUGA